UCGACUUCAGCCAAUUCUGUGACUGCGUAACGCCCUGCAUCGUCCCGUCCCUCCCCCCAAAAAAAUAAUUGUCAUAUUUACCCCGAAGCACCCGUCAGAAAUCGUCUCCAGCAUCUAUUGACCUGUCCGUUCAAUCAUUUCAGUGAUCAGUUUUUUUCUUCUCUUCUUGUGUAUACUGCAGCUUGUGCUCUUUCGACAAUGGCCGACAACGUGCCCGCCUCGACCUCUUCUACCCUCCCACCUCCGCAGCCUUCGACUGCUGCUUCAGGCCAGCAGUACGAUGCGUCUCAGGGCAAUGGUCAGGCCAAUCCCUCCCACAUGCCCCCUCCUCCUCGUCCGCCCGUUGUGAUUCCCCAGAAUACCAACCCGAUUCCAACAGCUAUCACCUCUCCAAUGUCUGGAAACAUGAUGUCCCCGACCAGCGCGGGUGGAUUUGUUCGUCGGGCUGCCCCCGAACCAAACAAACGGGCUCUGUACGUCGGCGGUCUCGACCACAGGGUCACCGAGGAUAUCCUGAAACAAAUCUUCGAGACCACCGGCCAUGUCAUCAGCGUCAAGAUCAUCCCCGACAAGAACAAGUUUAACAGCAAAGGAUACAACUACGGCUUUGUUGAAUUCGACGACCCCGGCGCCGCUGAGAGAGCCAUGCAGACUCUCAACGGGCGCCGCAUCCACCAGUCGGAAAUCCGGGUCAACUGGGCCUACCAGUCCACCACCAUGACUAAGGAGGAUACUUCGAACCACUUCCACAUCUUUGUUGGCGAUUUGAGCAACGAGGUCAACGACGACGUCCUUCUCCAGGCCUUCUCUGCGUUUGGCUCCGUUUCCGAGGCUCGGGUCAUGUGGGACAUGAAGACCGGUCGCUCUCGCGGCUACGGUUUCGUCGCUUUCCGCGAUCGUUCCGACGCCGAUAAGGCUUUGGGAUCGAUGGAUGGUGAAUGGCUUGGUUCUCGUGCGAUCCGCUGCAACUGGGCCAACCAAAAGGGACAGCCUUCCAUCUCUCAGCAGCAGGCCAUGGCAGCCAUGGGCAUGACUCCGACCACGCCUUUCGGCCAUCAUCAUUUCCCCACCCAUGGCAUCCAGAGCUACGACAUGGUCGUCCAGCAAACCCCUCAGUGGCAGACCACGUGCUACGUGGGCAACCUGACCCCUUACACCACGCAGAACGAUCUUGUCCCGCUUUUCCAGAACUUCGGCUACGUCCUCGAGACCCGUCUUCAGGCGGACCGUGGCUUUGCAUUCAUCAAAAUGGACAGUCACGAAAACGCUGCCAUGGCCAUCUGCCAACUGAACGGGUACAACGUCAAUGGCCGCCCCUUGAAGUGCAGUUGGGGUAAGGAUCGCCCCCCCACCGGUCAGUUUGACAACUUCUCCGGUCAGCAGGGCAACUCUCCCUUCAACAACAGCCCUCAGCCGUUUUUCCCCCAGUAUGGCGGCCCGGGCGCUCCCAUGACUCCUCAAGGUCCGAACCCAGCUGGAAGGGGUUGGGACCAGGCUGGAAUGGCCGGUCAAGGCUACGGCCAAGUGCCAGCAAACGCCGGGUACGGCCGCGGACAGGCUACCCCUAAUUCUGGCUGGAACCAGGCAAACAACGCCAAUUUUGGCAACGGCUUCGGAAACUAUCAAGCUUAGGUCGUUUCCCGAUGGACAUUCGCUACACGGCGCACCUUGCCCUCCCCGCCUCACCUUGGAUCGUGGAGUGUGAGUUCAGUCAUCUACGGCAGCAACAGUGAUGAAGAAGCCUUUCCCUUCUCUUUCCUCCCUCCCUUUCUCUCUCCUUUUCCUACUCUCUCCCCCUUUAAUAUUUCCUUAUCUUCACAUCUUCCAGUUAUCAUUCUCUUUCGUAUCUCUUACUCCUGUUUCUUUCUUAUGAUUGCCUUAAGUGAAUUUCUUUUUCUAAGCGCAUCUCCCCAUUCUCCAAUGCUUUCUUUCUUGAAAUGAAAUUUUUGUGUGUUAUCGUACACCCAAUACCCCAAGUCCAUCUUGUUG